AUGGAAUCAUUUGCCAGUCAAUGCCUACUUCUUGAAUUUCAAGCAUGCGUUGAACAAUUGCCUAAGGAAAUUGUUGUUCAGCCUUCUAUACGAACAAUGCGUCAGUGGCAAGUCUGCAUGACUCCAAAUAAUGGAUUUUACAAUGGUAAAAUUAUCAUUUAUAAUAUAUACUUAGAAAAUUAUCCCAAUAAUAUUCCUGAUGUAAUUUUCCAAUCAGGAAUCGUUCAUCCUUUAAUAAAUCCACAUAGUACAAAUUUUGCCUCGCAAUUGCUUAUCAAUGAGUGGAACAGAUACACAAGGAUUUAUGAACUCAUUCAGGCAAUUUAUAAUUCUUUCGUAGAGAUCCCUCAAUUAAAACAAGUACCAAACCCUGAAGCUUACAAUAUUUUAAAGAGCCCCGAUGCUAAAAAUACAAUCCUUGGUCAACUUAAAACACCAUCUGCCGCGGAAAAUCAUGAACAUAACGAGCCUAAGAAAUGGACUCCUCAGAAAGAGAAAUUGUGUCAUGUACUUUAUGAUUGA